AUGGGCCCUCUCGAAGGCCUAUUCGGUGUUGGGGCGAUAAGCAGCAACCGUUUCACACCUUUGACUCUGGCUGCAGUGAACGGGCAUGAGACAGUGGCAAAGCUGUUACUUGAAAUUGGGAAUGCAGAUAUUGGAUUGAAGGACUCCUGGGGCCGUACCCCGUUAUUCACUGCUGCAGAGAAAGGGCAUAGUGCAGUAGUGAAGAUGUUGCUUGAGUCUGGGCAGGUUGAUGUGGACUCAAAAUACAAAAGUUGGACACCGUUAUCAAGGGCUGCACUAAGAGGACACGAGGAAGUAGUUAAGCUAUUACUUGACACUAGGCGAGUGGACACGGACUCAAGGGACUCUGAGGGUCGAACACCGUUAUCCAGUGCGGCGCUGUAUGGAUGUGAGGCAGUCGUGAAGGCGUUGAUUGAGGAUGGCAGAGUGAAUGUGGACACAAAGGACAAUCAGGGCCGGACACCAUUGUUCUUGGCUGCAGGUGGAUACUCUUGGAUUGAAAGUGAGGGACGUGAGGCGGUGGUGAAGUUGUUGCUUGAGACUGGGAAAGUGGAUGUGGACGCGAAGGACUCCGAUGGUUCCACCCCAUUGUCUAACGCGGCGUGGAAUGGCCAUGAGGCGGUGGUGAAGCUGUUAAUUGCGACCGGGUUGGCCGAUGUGGACUCAAAGGACUCUCACGGCCGGACACCAUUGUCCUUCGCUGCACAGAAUGGACACGAAGCGGUGGUGAAGUUGCUACUGGAGACUGGGGAGGUGGAUGUGGACACAAAGGACUCUCUUGGUCGAACAGCAUUGUCCUGGGCCGCGUUGAAUGGCAAUGAGGCGGUAGUGAGGCUGCUUGAAUGGCGGCGGAACCCCAUCGCCUGA